CAAGAUUGGUGCUCGGAAAUACAACCAUUGCAACAGAACCCUCUCGAGACUACAGGCAUACAGUGUCAUUCAUGAUCAACGCUGGCCUACAGCGCAUUGCCAUGGCUUUGAACUGUAGUCGCUUUCACCAGUACCGAUAACGCGUCGAUAACGAGUCAGACGCAUUUCUUUCUAGGAAAGCCCACCGUCAAUAACCAGCAGUUCAUGUGAUUAAGUUAAAGAAGAGUUCCAAUUCAGACACAUGAUUCCAGGACGCAGAACCCUUGUUCUGAAAUGGCCCACCACGAAUAUAAAUCUCUCGCGGAACGUCACAUCAGACUUCUCAAACUACCAAAGGCUUCGCAGUAUGGAGCAGAACCAACUCUUGUAGAUGCGUCACUGGAUGCACCACCUCCAUAUGAGACAAUUUCCUAUGUAUGGGGCGAGCAAGACAAAUCGUGUGUCUUCAAGCUUGACUGUGGAACAUUGGUCAAUAUCACUCCCACUUUGCGUACUACACUCACGCGGAUUCGGCCUCAUUGCCAAACAGGCUACCUUUGGGUCGAUCAGUUAUGUGUUGAUCAGACAAGUAUCCCCGAUCGCAACCAGCAAGUAGCUCUCAUGGGCGAGAUAUACAGCAAAUGUCAACGGGUGUUGAUCUGGCUCGGGCAAGAGAUAAACGAUCCAAAUUACAUGUCAUACUACCUAGGACCCACACCACCUUUAGAAAUCCAGCAAAAGACCAAACACACACCCUUAUCAGCAUCCCGUCUGGAACAACCCGGCCCCCAGUCCUUCGUUCGAAACCUCCUAGCCCUACCAUGGUUUACCCGAGCAUGGGUAGUGCAAGAAGCAGCCCUACCCACCCUCGCAUCCUGCUUCCUCGGCGCCUUCAACUUCUCCAUAGAAGAUUUAUGGGCCGUCAUAGUCCACUUCCGGAGCGCAGAACGGUAUCUCACACAGAGGGACUACGUCAACCUACGCCAACUCCCCGGAUACAUCGUUCUGAACGAGAUCUUGCGACUGCGGAUGCAAGCGCGGUACCAGCGGGGCCCAACCCCUAAUGAAGCGACAUGUUUCUACCAUUCCCUAUCCAUCUUUGCGCCUCGAUCCCAGACGUCAAGCCGACAUGAUAUCAUUUUCGCCUUCCUGGGGCUCCAGCGAGAUCAGCGGGUGAGCAUCAUGCCUGACUACGACAUGGACUGGGAUGCUGUACCUUGCGUAGCUACCAAAGCGAUCAUCGAGGCUACAGGCAGUUUGAACUUGUUCGGGCUGCUGCACCGGAAAGACGAAGAUGCGAGUCGGUGGCCCAUUUUGCCAUCUUGGGUGCCAGAUUGGUCGAGGACGCCCGAGGCGGAACCGUUGGUGUUUCCGAGGAGUUGGAUUUACUUUGAUGCUUCUGCCGGGAGACACUAUGAGGCUAGAGCGGUGAAGGACCUCGCCACUCCGCAUCUGGUGGUUGCGGGGAAGAUUAUUGGUGAGGUGGCGAACACGCUUGCUUUUACUAAGGGCCUUGCAGAGCCGCUUGCAAACCGCCAUGGAUGGGACGUUUUCUCUUACCUCAACUUGCUACAUCUACACAAACUUCUGGGACAGAUGUGGCUAGAGAAGACGAUUGCCCCAUCAAUGCAGCGUCUGUUGAAAGUUAUCUUAGCCGACGGUUCUUUCACUCUAAACCAAAAGCUCAGGGAGCACUGCAGCGAGGGUCUACCAGCUUCUGAUAUAGACGAGCUAGCCUCAACGUACUUAGCGAUUCAGGAAGCAUCAAAAGAGCGCGAUGUAGCCGCAAUGAGUCGGUCCAAGAAGGUCGACGAUUUUGGCAAACGAGCAACUAGGUUCCGCGAUCAUGCUCGCGUAGCUUGGGGCCGACAGAUUAUCGUAGGACGCGAUUGGAGACUUGGGCUUGCACAUCGAUCUGUUUGCGAGGGUGAUUUGAUAUGUGUCGUGCACGGCUCUCAGGUGCCAUUUGUUUUACGUCGUCAGACAAGCGGUUAUUAUCGCUUGAUGGGUCAGUGCUACUUUGAAAGCGCUAUGCGUGGGGAAGAAGUGAUUUGGGAUGAGGCGGAUGCAGAUGAGUUCAUACUUGCGUAAGCAGCACAGGUCGUCGUGAUUGUCAAUGGAACAAUUCAACCAUUAGUGGACCAAGUGCAGUCAGG